UUUCAGUUUUCAGACAGUAUUUAUAACGAAAGAGUUACAGUUAUGCCAUCCAAAAUUUCACAAAGUAGUGGAGUUUCUAAAACAGUGAUGGAUAAAUCUGUUGAUCAACUGCGAGUCAAUAAGUGGGAUGGACCAAGCGUAAGAAACACAAUUGACGAUGCAGUUAGAAAGAUUUUUAAUGAAAAAUAUGACACUUGGACUGAGAGACAUGCACUAGCAGAUGGGCGACUGAUAAUAUCUACUAUUGCUGUUGGUUUUGCUGCAGUUGCCCUCAUAUACGAUUAUUAUGAGCCAUUUCCAAGAUCGAAACCGGUACUUGCAACGUGUUCCAUUACAUAUUUCAUAUUAAUGGGUGUUUUGCAAUUUUAUCAAUGGUACUUUGAAAAAGGUACUUUCUAUCAAGGCGUGGAAAUAGAUCUAAAUGGACGGACUCCGAAAAGAUACUGGAAAUGGUCAUCAUCGAUCAAAAAAUAUGAUGACAAGUAUACCCUGGAAGCCGAAUACAUGCAAGAAUCGCGCACGGGAUACAUCAAAGUCCUAAAAUCUAUAGGAGCAUUCAUAGAUGAAGAAGGUGUUAUUGUUUUGCCACUCCUGGAGAAAGAAUUAUCACAUAUUAUUAACAGCGUAUUGAGAAAGGACGGGUGAUCAAAGGCGAUGACUCUGAUGGUAUUUUCGCUCGGUUGUUCUGCUGUGUUACAGUUUUGUUAUUUUUGCUUCAUGAAGAGAUUGUCUGUUUGUUUGGAACCUUUGUAUUUGAAAGAUUUAGAGGGUGCUGUUUUUCUUGAAACAAGUUAGCAUUCGGUUUGCAGCAAGUUUCUUUUAUCUAUCUAUAAAAUUUUCAGUUUUUUGGUUUCAAGCGCAAGGUUUUUGUUAUGUUAGGAUAUUUCUGUUUCUCGAUUAGUGAAAUGAUAUUAUUUCCCAGUUACAUAUGUGUCCUAGUACCGUUAGCUAUCGG